AUGGUCAGCUCCUGUUGUGGCUCCACGUGCUGUGGCCUGAGCUGUGGCUCUGGCUGCUGUGCCCCCGCCUCCUGCCAGCCCUGCUGUCGCCCACCCUGCUGUGGGUCCAGCUGCUGCCGCCCCAGCUGCUGUGUUUCUAGCUGCUGCCAGCCCUGCUGCCGCCCGAGCUGCUGUGGGUCCAACUGCUGCCGCCCGAGCUGCUGUGGUUCCUGCUGUUGCCGCCGGAGCUGCUGUGGAUCCAGCUGCUGCCGCUCGAGCUGCUGUGGUUCCAGCUGCUGCCGCCUGAGCUGCUGUGGAUCCAGCUGCUGCCGCCUGAGCUGCUGUGGAUCCAGCUGCUGCCGCCCGAGCUGCUGUGGGUCCAGCUGCUACCAGCCAUGCUGCCACUCCAGCUGCUGCCAGCCCUGCUCCCAUCCCACUUGCUGUGUGUCCAGCCAGCCCUCUUGUUGCAGACCCACCUCUUGUCACCCAGGCUGCUUCAGGUCCUCCAAAUGCUGA